CGGCAACCCGGAAGUUGGCAUGUUUACCUUAGUCGAACCAAAGUGAGCAUGACUUCAAUCACGUACCAAAAUGCUCAUCAAUCAAACCAGCUCGGGUUGUCGACCUGACUGGCGAUAUGAAUCAACUCUGUGCUUUCUUCGUUGGAUUCUCGCUGACAGUCCUGGUGCAGUCGCAAGACCAGGUCCAGAUCCAGUUCCAGAAUGAUCCUGUGCUGGUUCGGACUGGCAGCGAGAUUCAGUUCACAGUGCAGACCAUCCCUGAUGUGAUUUCAAUGAGGUGGGAGUACGAAGGCACCUUCUUGGGCCUUUACGCCGGCGGUUCCUCCACCAUCAAUGACGUGGCUCAGUUUAACGGCCGGCUCACCAUCGAAGCCACCCAACUCCGCAUUGAAAGCGCGCAAUUGGACGACGCUGGUUCGUACACGGUGGAGGUGGAGCCCCUCGCCUCCACGGGCCUGACGCCAAACAGCAGAGCGGUCCAGCUGAGAGUUUUUGAUGCUGUGUCUGAUGUGACGCUCGCCUUGCCGUCGGUAGCGAUUGAAGGCGGGAACGUGACGCUGACUUGCACCUCAGACGGGACUGAGCUCACCUUCCAGUGGGGCAAGGAUGGCGGGAAUAUCGUCGAAGAUGGCAGGAUCACUAUCAUUGGUGGAUCGCUGGUCAUCAACCCGGGCCAGCGCGGAGAUGCCGGAGACUACUCAUGCACCGUCAGCAACCCGGUCAGCUCACGUUCCGUCACACAGAGUCUCACCGUUUUCUACGGACCCGACACCCCAGUCUUAACCAAGGACGCCCCCAAAGACUGCAUAGGCAGCGCCGACGUCCAAGCGGGUCAAGUAUUACGUCUCACAUGCACGUCGGAGUCACUUCCCCCUGCCGUCUUCACGUGGCAACGGGACGGAGAAACUGUGGUGUCCACGCAGCCUGACAGCGGCUCGCUCAGCGUCCAGACCUCGUCCACGGACGACAGCGGCCGCUACACGUGCAGAGCCCAGAACGCCGUGACUGGAGGCGAGUCGGAGCGGGCGACAGAUGUGUCUGUGGAAAACAUUUGCCUUGACGGUGGAGAAGUGGCAGGCAUUGUGAUUGGUAGCUUUUUGCUACUUGUCAUUUUGGUGGUACUCAUCGUCUUGCUGGUGUGUCUCAUUCUAAAGAGGCGUGCACGGCAAAGGCAAGGAGGAGCCGUCAUGGUACAAAAGAACCACACAAAUCCUCGACCUCUGCCUCUAAAUCCACGCGCUAAUGUCUCAAGAGACCUGGACCAAGGUCCCGACCCACCUGUCUUUCAAUCGAACACGCAAACCCGCCGCCAAAGGCCCAACGAGGUACAAGCACUGCAGCUUAACAGCUUGCAGCAAAACGGCACCGUGCCUGAUUUUCUCGGCGAGGCUACGCACAAUCCGUCCUCGUACCCACUUAACGGCAUUGACAACGCGGCCUUCACGCGGACGGACGCGCGGCAGACUAAUCCGAACAUAGUUAUCCAAACGGGUUCUGCCCAGGGCGGCGGACGCCCUGCUGGGGUGCAGCUUAGCCUAGCGCAAGGUUCGCAACAGAACGCGCAAAUGCCUACCAUUCACGUCAAUCUUAACUCUUUCCCUCAGCAGGAAGCCAUGAGUAAUGCUCCCCAGUUAAUAGACACAGGACAGUCAAAUCCCAGAAUGCAAAGCAGGUCAGCUACAAAUCCUGAAGCGCAGCCUGGUCUCAUCCCAACUGGAUACACACACUCCCGCACAUCUCAGCGCAAUGCUAGGACACAGACUUACCCAGAAGUCGUCCGCGGUACAUCCUCUCAGCAGCAGAUGUCUUGGGACCGCUUGCGAGGGACCCCAGCGUAUCCCAAUGAGACCCUUCCGAGAGGAAAUACCUCAGACACGACAGACUAUACCAACCAUCCACCUUUGAGACAAAACCCAACGCAACCGCGAGGUAGAAAUCCUUUUAGGGAAGACACAGUCCCUGCAGGUCAGGGGGACAGGACAAGGAGCCAAUCGGCUGAUAUUUGGGACUCGCGCACCCUGAGGGUACCGCAACUAGAACCUGCCAACCACUCACACAGAAGCCCCCUGACUGAAAGGGAGCGUACCCGUCCAGAUGCAAGGGUUCUGCCUGGUAUCCAACCCUCCUCCAGCCAGGAUACCUCGCGAAGCAGCAACCCUUUUGUGAACCAGCAGCCUGCUUUCAGACAAAGUGACCCCUUUAGUCCAGAUACCAGAGCACUGUCUGAUCCCAACCACCUCCUCCAAGGGCAUGUGGCCCAUCAACAGAGGCCGACACGGGCCCAAACGCAAAACCAAGUGACUCAAAUUCGCAGCGCGAGCCAACCUCGGCAAACAGCCCCAGUCUCAAGCCAGCGUCAACCCACUGCCCUCACGCAGGCGGCACUUAAAUCCCACACUGCACAAGCGCAGACCUUUCAAAACAGGACACAACAAACACAAGCAGCCCUUCUUCACUCCGGACCUCAGGCUCAACCGGUGUCUGCAGCUGUGGGACCGCGACCGCCUACCCCGCCUCCUGUUAUUCCACUCACUCAGUUCCAGAGCCUUCCUAGGACCCACGGCCAUCACAAAUCGCAUCAGCACCACCCCGGAAAAGGUGGGCACCAUCAGCACCAUGCGAAAGUGGUCACGCACAGUCACGCUCAUGCCCGAGGCCAAGUCCCCCAUGCCGGCAAUGGGCGAACUGCCCACGCCACCCACCCACGGCAGCAUCAGGCACACCGAGGGAGGCCGAGGUGAUGACAGAUGUCGGCAGAUGAGUCGUACUUCGCCGCUUUGCCUCGACUUCUUGCUCAGACAAACUGCUGACAGAUGUGACUGGCGAAAAACACAGAAACAACUGCUACAACAAAGGGGGAUUCGUUUUUCUUAAUGCUGGUAUCAAAAAGUAUUGCAUUUUACCAGAAUCUGCUUUAAGCAGAGAAGUUUAAAGAGCCGAGCCUACUUUGUCCAAAAACUGCUAAAUGCACUGCAAUUGCUAGCCACACCACUAAUAUUAUUAUGUACUCUAAGGCUAUGACCACUUAAGCGUGGGUGUUUUAAAUUCAUUCGCUACUAUUGAAAGUGAUGGAUAUCAUCCAAUUUUAACUGGGUUACAAAGUGAUCCAUAAACUAAAACUCAGAUUGGCUGUGUUUUUUUUAACCUGUCCUGUUCAGCUGCUCAGACACGGAAAAUAGGAAUCUGAGUGUCCUUAUGCUCUGAACAGUUUGAAUGUAUCACAUAGGAGUUUGGUAUACUACCAUUGUCGUUGUUCAUUAUGUUUUAUUUAUUAGGAGAAAGCAGCGGACAGGAAGGGGUUAUGGGGGGACAGAAAGGACGCAAGCAGACUGAAGAGGAGAAGAACUAACAACAACAAGAAAUACAUUAUUACUAUGUUAUGCUAGCUAUGAACUAGUGAUGCACGAUAAUGCAUUUUUCAACCGAUACCGAUAACCGAUAAUUUCCUCCUCAAUCCAACCGAUAACCGAUAAUGUCAAGCCGAUAAUUCUAUUAAAAGAUUUAUGUAAAAUUUUAAAGUAUACACAAAAGAAAAUAUUAUUGUGCAAAAAUAUAAUUUAUUGCUCUUUUUUUCAACACAAUGUAUGAAGAAGUCGUCAAUUCAAACAUCUAAAUAAUGACAGAUUGUCUGACAUUGUGUAAUGGUAAACCUUUGGCAACAAUUACUUACAGAGUAAAUACCUAAGUUGCACAAAAAUGCGUUUAAAAGUAAGCCAUUCCUAACAUAUAUAACAUUAAUCCGCUGCAAAACACACCUCCUUAAAACUAGUCAGUUUUAAGUGUAAAUCUAUUGGCAAUAAGUGAAAUUAUCUGCCAUCGCUUCAAGUGUAUUUCUCUCAGAUUUCUUGGAAGAAAAAUAGCUAGCUGAAAAUAAUCUUAACAGCCUUGUUUUAAGCAAUACAUUAUUAUACUUAAUCCUAAAAAAAAACAAAAACUUGAAGAAGGAAAGAUUUUGAAUAAUAUUUGUGGCUACAGAAUAUUGAUUUAAGAAUUUGAUUAUCUACUGUGACUGUAAUUGAGCAAAGAAAUAAGUUAAAUAAUUUGAAAAGUGAUUGCUAAUGUUAUAUGCUUUGUUGCACACUGAAAAUGAUUACCUCAAAAGAGCGAGAUGUCAUGUACCAGUUCUGCAGCGCUUUGUUUACAUUUGCGGCUUUCACGACAUUUGCGUUACAGCAGCUAAACUGCUACACGGCAGUACUAUUUGGACGGAGUUUGCGCUCGCAUCCGUGUGCGUGUUGUUUUGUGCCUGAGUUUUAUUAAGCCGAAAAUAAAGGCAGCGUUACAAAGUCAUCUGACCGCUCGUCAUUUCACAUUCUGAAUGCAUUAUUGACUGGCUGACUUCGUUUUCUCCAUGUUUAAAUUAUCUUAUAACCACUGUGCCGUCAUGAUAAGCUUGCUUACCGGACAUCACUUUUUCAUGAAGAAUGGUGGUCGUAUAAACUGCAUUCUUUCUUUUAUCCAGGGCUUUGGUUCUCGUGUCAUUAAGGUAAAAAAAAAAAAAAAAGUGUCUCGUCUCGGCGGCAGCUACAUUCGUACCGGAUAAUCCGCCCGCCCGCCCCGGCCGGUUCGCCGCGGCGUAUUCGGGUCCUGGCUCUGCUCGCACGCCGUGGGGGAACGCUCGAGAAACCGGGAUGUUCGCCGGAGGUCCAGAGGCCGGGGAACCGGGCUCGGCCCGCCCCGCCCCGCCUAUGGCGAGGCGGCGGCGGCCUGCCGGACUGGCCAAAGCGGCGGGCUCCGUCGGAAUUUACCACCCGCCUUGGGCUGCAUUCCCAAACAGCCCGACUCUGUAUCGUCACAAGCCCUGUAGUUUAGCUCAGUGUUUACAAUAGCUUUAGCAUUCCUGCUAGCAGCAGCCUCGUAUCCUCGUAUAUGUUCCAAAAUUCUUUGUGAUGCAGUUUUAAAUGGCUGCUGGGUUAGUGGUUUUGAAUGAGGACGCGUUCUUUCUGCCUCGUGGAACUUGUACGGUACAUGUUUCGCAGAUGGCGAGAGCGUCGUUUUUUUAGUAACAGCCGCCAUAAUAUUCAACUACUUCUUGUCUUGUAACUCCGCCUCCUCAACCCCUCCUCCCUCAGGGGCUUCAGAGAGGGGAGGGGUUGAGGAGGCGGCGUGCUGAAUUCUUCGGUUGAGCACAUUUGGAGGCAAAAUCAAGUAUAUAAUUAUCGGAUUGCAUUAUCGGUUGAAUUUUUUUAUUAUCUGGAUUAUCUGUGUGACGUCAUAAUUGCCAUUAUCGGCCGAUAAUUAUCGGUGACCGAUAUUAUCGUGUAUCUUUACUAUGAACAUAGUAUUGCUCUUGUUAGCUAAUUAUACAUUUAUACGUCAGCUAAUUAUAUUUUAGUUAGCUAAUUAUAUUUUAGUUAGCUAAUUAUACAUUUGCGCCAUGUUUGAUAAAAGCAAUACAGUCGUAGCUGAUGACUGAAAUCAACUUAAAAUUUUUCACAAUUAACGAUCACAAUCAUCCAGUGAUAAUUGCCGUGACAUCCUAAAAGAAAACUGUUUGACACAAUAAUUAGUCUGUAUUAACAAAUAGAAGACAACUAAAACGAAGCAUUUUUAAAAAAUGUAAUAAAAGUACUUUUAUAUUCCUCAAGUAUUAGCUCGCCUUACUAAAAAUAUGGCCAGUUUCACUAAUUGGUACCAAAAUUCGUAUCGCAGCAGGAUGCACCAAAUAAAUGACGAAACACGAACAGUUGUCUCAUUUUAACUUAAUCUGCCUUUGACGGCGAUAGACGUCCAAUCUAUUUUGACUGGGAUAGGCUGUCAGUAGGGCCGCAGCUGUCGAUUAUUUUAGUAGUCGAUUAAUCGAUGAACUAGUUAGUUCGAAUAAUCGAGUAACCGGAUAAGGAACAUAAAAAUUAAAAUACCUGAGCUGAAAAUAAUGAGGAUCUAAGUACAACAAAAGAAAGCUUGGCUAACUUACAUAGCAAAAGGCUGCUAGCUUAAAUGCUAUAAAAUGCUAACUUAAAAAAAAAAAUUUUUUUUUUAACAAUGCUCUUAACAAAUGGUUCAAACACAUAUUUCCACAAAAUAACUAAGAUAACAGCUAAGCUAACAGCUAAAUAUCCCUAUAAACUAAAUUACAAAUGUAUUAAAAACAACAUUAGCUCUAGUGCUGCAACGAUUAAUCGAUUAACUCGAGUAUUCGAUUAGAAAAAAAGAUUCGAAUUAAAUUUGGCUGCUUUGAGUAUUCGCUUAAUUAAUGUGGCGUUGUAAUUGUUUGUUUUGAAAGUUUUGGCAUUUAGUUUUAUUGAUUUGGGUGGGUACACUGCCCUCUAGUCUGCCUCAUUUCACGUGGCUGAAUCCAGCUGCUCGCUGUUAAGACCAACAUAUGCUAAGUUUUUGUUUGAGCUAAUGUUUUUUUAAUGCAUUCGUAAAGUAGUUUAUAGGUAUAUUUAGGUGUUUUUUUGUGGGAAUACGUGUCUGAACCAUUUGUUAAGAACAUUGUAAAAAAAAAAAAAAUUGCGUUUUAUAGCAUUUAAGCUAGCGGGCUUUUGCUAUAUAAGUUAGCCAACUGUUCUUUUGUUGUAUAUACAGUAGAUAAUCAUAUUUUUAAUUUUUAUUCCGUUUGAGGCUCAGGUCAGGUAAUUUAAUUUCACUCGAUUAUUCGAACUAACUAGUUCAUCGAUUAAUCGACUACUAAAAUAAUCGAUAGCUGCAGCCCUAAUUAGCUCAAAUAAAAAACUUAGCUUAUGUUGGUCCUAACAGGGAGCAGCUGGAUUCAGCCAUGUGAAAUGAGGUAUGUCAUAUUCACUGUUGCCACUAGAGGGCAGUGUAUCCACCCAAAUCAAUUAAACUAAAUGCUAACACUUUCAAAACAAACAAUUACAACACCACUUUAAUUAAACGAAUACUCAGUGCAGCAAAAAAAAUUUCGAAUCUUUUUUCUAAUCAAAUUACUCGAGUUAAUCGAUUAAUCUUGGCACCAAUAGCUGUCAGAAAAGAAAAGCCUGGCGACCCUCCAGGCUUUUAAAGCACUAGGGUAUAUAGCUAAUAUAUUUGAAGAAAAUAUAUUUUUAGUUUUUUAAAAUUUAAAAUAUAAACAAAUAAAUAAUAAGAUGUUAUUAAAUAUUUACUAUUAAGAGAAGUGAAAAGAGGAUUUGAACAAUUGUUAGGUUCACAAUGUUUUUUUUUUGUUUUUUUCCUUACAUUUUUAAAAGAAUGUUAAACAUUUACAAAGAGAAGUGUUAAAAUUUUCCCCCUCUUUACUGUUUUUUGGUUUUCCUUAUCGGAACGAAUAGAAACGAAUAAAUGAAAGCCAUUUACCAUUAUGAGUCUCAAAAAAGAGGAUUUCAACCAAUUUCAGAGCAACAACGUCGCUAAACUAUCAAUAAUUGUCAAUUAGUCGAUUAAUCACGAUAACACUGUCACUAUCGCAGAAUCAGUUCAUCUUGCAUAAACCUGCGAUUGACGUCCAACAACUGGGAGGACUGGCUCUCCCAGUCAAAAUGGAUUGGACAUCUAUCGCCUUCAAAGGGAGCCAAUGAGUUAAAAACUGUCCCAUUUCUCUGUAUGAAAAAUCAUUUUUAAACUACCCACGUAUAUGUGGACAUAGCCUAAAUGAGAAAAUGCAAAUGACAGUCUACAAAAUGUGCUAUACGAGGCUGUCCUAAUAUACAACGCACAAUUUAUUUUGUGCCUUCUGUUUACGGAUGCUCGUCGCGACACUUCUCAAUUAAGAGGAUUGGCCUCAGCGGAGCCGGAGAAGCGACGCUCGGCUAACCAUGAAGGGGAUCCCACAAUUGGACGGCUGCUUAUUAAUUAAAGGCUUUUAUGCGACUUAAAUGAGUUGGGGAAAUAAUCGCACCCUCGCAUGAGUGAGGUCAGCACAAAGAGAGGUGCCGAGCCUGGCCGGCGGCGCUUUCUGCUGAAAAAGCCAAUUUACUGUCUUGCGUCGGGGUCAUAAUCAUCAAGGAAUGUCAUUAUUACUUUAUGUAUUUAUUGAUUUUGAAUUUUCUUUACUCAGGGAUGUGCUUCAGAUUGUUUUAAUUAGCUCGUGGCUGUCAGGAUGUUACAUUUCUUCAUGCUUUCUCACAAAAAAGGACAACAGCAAAAGAACGUGACAAAGGUAACAAUGAAUGUAUGCGUUAUCUAACGUUGGUGAUUAUGAGAAAAUAAUAAAAAUCUGUUUACAGUGGCUAUAUUGCAUGAAUGGACAAUUUGUUCUCUUUGUGGAUCAAUAUUUAAUACAUUUCUUUAGGGGAAAACCCCUAUAGAUAUUGAAUGAUUGUGGCUUGUGUUUGACGCACUGAAAUACAUUAUUAAAAUGGAGACAAUUACAAAAACUGGAAUUGAAAAAACAUUUUAGUUAACUGAAAUAAAAAUUAUGAAGGGAAAAUAUGCUAGCGAACACACUGUAUUGUGUCCACAUAACUAACUCAAACAUUUUGGAAUUAAAGACACUAAUCCCUCGUUUUUGGUAAAUUUUUUCCCCCUGAAAAAUUUUUAGAACUUCAUUUGAAACCUACAAAAUUACAUUUAAUUUUAUUAUUUUACAGUAUUUAUUCAUUUAAAAUAAUUUAAAAAACAUGUCACAAAUCAAAGAGGAACUCGUUAAUAAAUUCCCCUUUUUAUUACCUUAAUUUCCCGAAUAUAAGGUGCACCCAUGUAUAGUGCGCACCUCAAAUUUACUUGUAAAAUCUAGGGAAAAUUAUUCUACCCGUUUAUAACGCGCACGCUAAUUUUAGCACCAAUAAAUAGAAGAAUACAAGAAAACGCAGCUCGUGUACAGAUACAGAAAUGUCAUUUUACUGACUGGUGAAACACAGCACAAGCAUAGCACAUUGGUAGUUCAAAACAUUACCAUAAAUUGACAAUAUUUACGGUAAUAAUAAGAUUUGACAGCUUCUCCAACUUACCAGAAUCUAGGAGAAAACAAAACAGAUGUGACUUUUCUUUUAAUGGCUGCUGUAUAACUUGCUCGUUUCAUCAUGAUGAAUUAAUGUUUCUUCCAUGGAUUGCUACGGUAAAAUGAAAGUGAGAACGUAAGUCGGAAAUUCGAGAGAGCUCAUCACGGUCGGCACAACAGUAACAAUAGAAACUAUUGUUAUUUGAGUUUGAGUUUCCCAAGGGACAGAUAUAGUUGACGGACACAGGAAGUCUGUGUUGUUACAUUUGUUAUGGUCCGAGUUGCGAAGCUGCAAUAAACGUUGACUCAAAUGAGUUCAAGAAACUAAAUUCUGUGCUUUAUGAAGAGUGAACAAAGCAGAAUUUAACACAGACGAAAUCAUUUGGCCGAUCAGAGUGAAGUAUUACCGAAACAAAAGGGUGACGUCACGUACUGUAACUGUUGGCAACGGAUCGCCGCAUACGUUUCUUCAACACAACGUGGCCGUGUCAAUAAAAAAAAAAUCGGUUUAUAUACAGUAUAUAUAUAAUAUAUAUAUAUUUCUGUCUCCAUCCAUGUACCCGUUUAUAAUGUGCACCAUGAUUUUACACGUUGAUUUUUGGGGAAAAAAGUGUGCGUUAUAUUCGGGAAAUUACGGUACUUUUUAUGACUUCUGGACGGCUUCGAGGAAAUUCUGGUCCACCAUCCGGCGUCUGAGGAGAGGAAAGCAGUGCACCAUUAAC